AACGGUAACCGCGUAGGUUGGGAUGCAGAAGACGAUCCCGAAAAUCCCAAGAACUGGAGCUUCUGGACCAAAUGGCUUCAAAUCUGUCUUUUGAUAGUUCCUGUGUUCACAUCAAGUUUCGGUUUUACAGUGAUGGCAGGGCCUGCAGCAGAGAUCAUGGGGACACUCCGUGUGCACAACUCGCAGCUUGUGACCUUUGCGAUUACGGCAUAUACUCUUGGACAAUUUUUCGGGCAGCUGAUUAUUCUUCCACUUCAUCGCAAGUACGGUAUACGGAACGUACUUUUGCUUCACUUGGUCCUUUUUCCAACUGCAAACAUAUGCUGCGCACUGAGCCAAAAUGCUGGUAUGUUGAUCAGUUUCCGAUUUCUUUCCGGAUUAACCUCUACAUUCUCUUUCCUGCUUGGUUACGAAGCGAGCAUAGAGAUGUUUGAUGCGUAUGCAAUGGGGUUGGGGGGAGGUAUCCUAGCCAUAUCAGCCACUAUCGGUACCACGGUUGGCUUGGUCUCUGGGAGCUUUUUGGUGGCCCGGCUGGGCUGGCAAUGGGCUUUCUGGAUCACUGCCAUCACCAGUGGAGGCUUUGGACUCCCGAGUGUCUUUCUUCUGCGCGAAACCUCUAAAAAAGUUCUUUUGACGAGAAAAGCUAUUCGCCUGCGGAAGGAGACAUUCAACCAAGCGCUAUAUGCUGAAGUAGCUACCGAGAAACUCACAAGACUGUAUCAGGGGGUUUGGGAUACUUACUCACAGCAUCUGAGCAAGCCCAGUCUGGUCAUCCUCUACAUCCACUCAGCAACGUUCCAAGGAUCAAUUCAUUUGAUCUAUACGACUCUCGGAUACGUCUUCCUACAACAAUACAGCUUGGCCGGCUCUCAUAUAAGUGUAGCUGCAACUGGUAUAGCGGUUAGCAUUACUAUCUCAGCCUUUCUAUUAUCACCAUUCACUGCAUCGUCAUCAGCUUGGACGAUUCAAACUCGGGCACUGUACGCGAAAGUGAUUGGGUCGUUGAUGAUGGCCACACUGUGCGAGGUUUCUGGAUUUAUCACUUACGGAUGGACGGCUGAGUACCACAUUGACAAAAUACUACCGAUACUUAGCUUGUCUCUCAUUCCUCUGGGAGGACAGGUUAGUGUAAGUUGUCCCAGCCCGUAUUUCCGGUGCACAAUUUUUGUUGUGGAUCUUGUGUCUAAGGAACCAACUCGUUACAUUGCCCACGACACUAUUCGGCUCCUAUUUUGCGCUGUCCUGCCAUUGGGUGGAAUUCCUUUGUAUAGAAGUAUAGGAGUUGGUUGGGGCAAUACACUACUUGGAUUGCUCAACCUAUUCCUA